AUGUCGGCAGUGAACGAAAGCCUGAAAAAUACGUCCGAAUUCGCAAAACGCUUUCCUUCCAAAUCAGAAGGCAUCGCAUUAUGCAGCGUCUUCAUGUUAUCUUCGGUCCUAAUCAUUGCAGGAAGCUUGCUCGCUCUUGUUCUCUUUGCAGUUAACAAAACACUUCGUAGGAAAAGUUUAUUCCUAGUUAUGAACAUGGCGUUUGCUGAUUUGAUGUUGGGAACUAUCUCCGUACCCUUUUACAUUUACUUUGUUGGAGAUGCCUAUCAGCUUUGGACAGCAAAAUUCGGCUUUCAUCUAGUGGUCUUCAGAUGCAUCGAUGCCACUUUUAUGUUCGGCUCAUAUCUAUCUGCAGCCUUUAUAUCCUGUGAGAGAUUUUUUGCUGUAUGUUGGCCGUUUCACCACCGAUCACUGUCCGCCAGGACAUACUACAUCACCAUUUUCAUACUUUGGAUACUCGCUGUCUUUCUGUCUUCAAUUCUAACUUUGUUAGGUGUCUUUAGUUCAUUUAAAUCUGCUUUGUACGUGGUAGUCAUCGUCCAAUUGUGUCUAACAAUCAUAAUAUGUGUCUGUAACAUUGGUAUCUGGAUAAAUUCUAAACACGGAAGGUUUACUUCACAACAACAAAACAGAGCCUCGCGAAGCAAACGCUUAACAAAGACCCUACUUUUUGUAUCCAUGUUGGCUUUAAUAACCUGGCUUCCCUUACUUAUCAUAAACAUUUUAAUCUGUAUAACUGGGGAAUCACUAUCACAUCUGGUUAAUUUUGUGGUGAACAUUUUAAACUAUUCCAACUCUUUUUUCAAUCCAGUUGUGUAUAUAUUUAGAAUUCCUGAAUUUAAGCAAACGCUACGUGAUAUCGUUAAGAUAGCAUUGUCACAUAGGACUUUAGGGGAGGCCUAA